GUUUAGAGAUACAGCGCAGAUACAGACAUGGCCCUUCGGCCCACCGAGUCUGUGCCGCCCAGCAAUCAUUUGAUCCUACACAUUAGACACAAUUUACAGAGGCCAAUUAACCUACAAAUCUGCGUGUCUUUGGAGUGUGGAAGGAAACCGGAGCAAACUCCAUACAAACAUACAAACUCCAUACACACAGCACCCAUAGACUCUAAAUAUGAUUUUUGAAAUUUAAUGCAUUUAAAUAUAUCUUCCCUGCUUAUGUGGUCAAUCGCUCCUAAAAUAAACACGAGUGCUUGUGUUUGUUAAACAGUAACUAUUGCUCAAGAGACUAAUGCACUUUGUCAGAGUGUUUCGUUCUGCGCUAUCAGUUGCACAGGAAGUUCAACUCGUGUGGGUGGGGAGGUUCACCGCAAACACAACACACGUCUCAGCUAAGGAUCCAGAACUGCUGCAAAAUAUCCGCAGGACGAUGGAUCUGAAUAUAUCUGCAAGGAUUGAUCAAUUAGAGAAGCCCCUGCAAGAAUAUUAUAGAAGAAUCAUCAGGAAAGAUUCAGACAAAAGGGAAGUAAAACAAACGUUGCAGUCCACGCUGAAAAAGAUGCUUGAAUUUAUUCAUGAGCGGGACAAGUUGUUUGCAAACUACUUCAUUCUAGUUGGGAGUGUCGCGGACGGAACCAAAACAGAAGCAGUGAAUGAACUUGAUGUCCUCAUUCCCCUACAGUUGGGCAAACUCAAGGUUGCCCCUGGUGAUCACCAUUUAAACCUGUUUGGAGUCCAUGAGCAUGUUGAUGGAGAAUGGAGAUGGCUUUCUCACGAUCAAACCAUUUUGAGGUUGUAUAAUUUGGUAAACGAAUACAAAGAACUUUACUACAAGAAUGAUCAUGGCUUUCAAGUUACAAAAAAGAAGGUGCUAGCUUCAGCUUUGCCUCUGAUGAUCAACUGGAUAAGUAUUGACAUGGUACUUUGCAUUGAAAAUGCCCUAUCUUUCUCCGAUGUGAAGUGGCCUUUCCCAAGCUGGCUGUGUGGCAAGUCAAAGUGGCUGAGCUGUGAACAACAAGAGCAAAUCAAAAGCAUUGGGAUAGAUAUGACCUGCCAGGGAUUAUACUGGAGACCUUCCUUCUCAAGAAUCGAUGCUUUUGUAUUUGGGGAGAUAGAUGGUAAAGGAGGCUACUGUAAAAAAGCCUUCAAAAUAUUAAAAUCUCUCAAUAGUUAUUAUUGGACCGUGGAUCAGCUGUGCAGUGACUACCGAGGAAAGACAAAACCUUUUCUCAACUCCUUUUUUAUGAAGAUUCUCUAUUUACAUACAAGAGAAAAGUACCCAGAACCUCAUCAGUGGAACACGUUGUCAAAGUCAUUUUGCAACUUUUUGGAUGUUUUAAAUGACUGCUGUAACCACAAGUGCCUGCAUCACUAUUACCACGCCGAUGUCAACCUUUUCGAACGUGUUGCAGAUAAAACAUUUCAAUGGUUGCAAGGAAAAAUACACAAUAUUCUGGAAGAUCCAGAAAAUGAACUCGACUAAUCUGCUUGGAAGUAGGAACAAAAAAAAUCAUGGCAUUUCAUUCAAGUCCCAAAGGAUUCCGACCUUCUGCAACAGCUCAUUCCAUACACCCGCCACUCUUUGUGUGGAAACAUUACCCCGUAGAUUUUUAUAUAGUCUAAGUAUAAUCAUUCUAGAUGCUUGUUGAAUUCUGCAGUUAAAGGCUUUGCACUAACAUAAGAGUCUUUAUUUCGAAUGGUUAAAUGUUAUUCCAUGAAAAUCAUCGCUCUUUAUGUCAAGAGUGUUUUAUUGUCAUAUGGUCCGAAAUGGAACAAUGAAUUUUGCAACAGCACAACAGAUGUGUAAACAUGGGGAAAAACAUUUUUCAUCCAGAGAGUUGUGAAUCUGUGGAAUCCUCUGCCACAGAAGGCAGGGAAGGACAAUUUACUGGAUGUUUUCAAGAGAGAGUUAGAUUUAGCUCUUAGGGCUAACGGAAUCAAGGAAUAUGGGGAGAAAGCAGGAACGGGGUACUGAUUUUGGAUGAUCAGCCAUGAUCAUAUUGAAUGGCGGUGCUGGCUCCACAAUAAGUGCCAGUGUUGAUCCCUGACCAUUUAUAACCAUAACUCCUAUCCCCAGAUGCCUUUGUGCUCAGUCAGAUUUGAAGGAUUCUCCUGUGGUUAUCUUGUGAGAGAUGUAAAUUUCAUGGGAAACCCAAAAUGUAUUUAAUACAU